GUGCAUUACCAGGCACAGAUACAUCCAGAUGUGAAAGGCAAUACAGUUGCAAAGCACCGCAGGGAUUCUGUUGUAGUAGGGAGAGAGGAAGUGACGAGUCCAACCCGCUCAGCUGCCGACUUUCGACUGCGCAACGUGCAGACUGGGUCAAGGCAGCGUUUUGCAGCCGAAUAUUUGGGUUGCAUACAUCUGCAUCGACGUGCUGUGCAGUGCAGUGCAGGAGCACCGGCUCAUUCAUCUCCCGAGACCGAGACUGGUGCUGGUGCAAGACUUGAGCUGCGUUUCAUGGAGUUCAGCACAGCCAAAGCUGCCAUACACGAUGUAUUGAGGAAAGUAGCCCCUGUUCACCUCCCGAGACUCGUUGAAUGGAUGCAGACAAAUGAUUUUGAUGAAUAUUGUACGGAUAACAAUGAAAUCCUACUCAGAAGCAUUGCUGAAGAUCUUCGGAAUUGCUUGCCAGUGGGAGCAGUACUCAGCUCAGAACCCCUGGCAUUUAAAAAGACACACCAGAAGCAGGAUCCCACUGUUAACGUUGAUGCCUUUCUGUAUGACGAUGACCUGAUUGACUCUUUAUGUGAGCAAGGGAAGAUGAGCAGAAACUACUGCUUAAGUUGUGGAUCACAUGACACUGCACCACUCUCUUUUAUUUCUCAUUCUUUCUCCCCACUGGAGAUCAAGUUCCUUUUUCAUCAUGUGCUGCCAGAUCUAGCAGGAAAGAUUCUUAUUGAUGUUGGCUCUAGGCUAGGAGCAGUUCUAUUUGGGGGAUACCUCUAUAGUGCUGCUUCUCAAAUCAUAGGAGUUGAGAUGAAUGAAGAUUUCUGCCAUUUGCAGCAAUUGAUGAUUCAGAAGUAUCAGUUCACCGACAGAGUACAGGUUAUCUGUGGGAAUAUUUGUGCUCAAGGCUCUUUGCUUCAAAAUGCUGAUGUCAUAGUUAUGAAUAAUGUCUUUGAAUAUUUUCUAGAAGAAGAGGAACAAGUCAGAUCAUGGCAGUUUAUUAAUUCAGCUCUGAAAAAGAAGGGUAUGUUACUCGUGACGACUCCAAGCCUUCAGGAAUCUCUCUCUCAAUUGCAGACUGGUGUACAGCUCAAACAGUGGGUUCGGGAAGUGCCACUUGAUUAUAAUGUUUACUUGGGGAAGGAUACUGACACGGAAGCCUUAAAGCAAUUCCAUCUUUACGAAGUGUUGUAACAGUGGGGUAAAGCAUCUUAAAAACUCUGACUAACUGUACUUCACUACCUCUGAUGAAACAUCCAGCUGUAAAACAGUGUUCUUUAGUAGUAAAAAAAAAUCGAUUCUGAUAGAAAUAGUCAUUUCAAACGGUGCUUUUUCAACAAUAUCCUAUUCGUUUCCUGGGUUCUUGCACUUUUGCACAACUAACAGAUAUACAGACUAAGAUUUCAUGUUUUUACUUAUGUUAUCUAAAAUUCUGAGCUCUGUCAACUACUGUCAUACCUUGAAAUCUUGCACCCUAAAACGGGAUUCCUAGACUCGAGCACGUGUUUUAUAGCCUUUUUCUUGUUGUUUAAGAGAACUUUUUUAUAUAAUCAUGAUUUAUAGUGACUUUUGUUUGCGCCCCUGUGUUAAGAGUAACUCCAAAAUGGCUUCAUACAUAGAGAAACAAACACUGAUUGUCAACUUGUCAGUUCAUUGCUAGAUGUGAUUUGUGCACUUUUAGACAGAAAGCAAUCAACUGUAUUACUGUUGCAUUUGUGAAUUUUUCUUUUUUUUAUUCCUGCGUUUACAUUUGAUUUGUAUCCAUUCCGGGGGUGAAAAGCGAUAUGCAUUUUUGAACUGCACAACUAGUGAAUUGCACUGCAGUGUCUUGAGUGAAGCACUUCUAAUCUUUUAAUCCCUCAGGAAGAUGUUUUUCAGGGUGAAAUGUUACCUUUUUUGGUCUGAGUCACUAUUCAAAUAGUUAUUGGUGCAGAGCUGCUUUCAAUACAUUUUAUUUUAAAAUAUGGAGUGAGGAAUCUUAUCAUUACCAGCAAUGAGAAUGUAGGGUUUUGUUGUGAAAACAACCAUUCAGUUUUAUUUAUGGAAUAAAAACAGAAGUCGCUGGAAACACUGAGCAGGUCAGGCAGCACCGAUGGAGAAUGGAAAAUUAGCUAACAUUUCAGAUCGAUAACCUUUCGUCAGAACUGGGGGAUGUUGAAAGGGAGCAGAU